AUGACUGAAUCCCCGCGCAAACUUCAUCUCACGGCUUUCAUGCGGCCAGUGUCGCUGCACCCCGGAGCAUGGCGUUACCCAGGCUCAUACCCGGAUGCGAACUUCAACUUCAAGCAUAUCGCAAAGUUUGCACAAAAGCUUGAAGCGGCCAAAUUCGAUGCUUUCUUUAUGGCUGACCACCUGGCCGUGUUGAACAUGCCCAUCGAGGCCCUCAAGCGCAGUCACACAGUCACCUCUUUCGAGCCAUUUACUUUACUUUCUGCUCUUUCUACCGUCACCGACAAGAUUGGUCUCGCCGCAACAGCAAGUACUACAUACGAUGCACCGUAUCAUGUUGCUAGACGAUUUGCCAGUCUUGACCACUUGAGCGGCGGACGAGCUGCGUGGAAUAUCGUCACCACAGGCAACCCGGAAACAAGCCACAACUUCGGAUUCGAUGAGCAUUUAGCUCACGGUGACCGGUAUAAGCGUGCUCGCGAGUUCUACGAUGUUGUCACUGGGCUCUGGGAUAGUUUUGCCGACGAUGCCUUCACGCGUAACAUCGAGACGGGAGAAUACUUUGAUCCAGCAAAGCUGCAUACUUUAAAUCAUGCCGGUGAUGAGUUAAAAGUGCGCGGCCCUUUGAAUAUCGCCAGGCCUCCACAAGGCUGGCCUGUGAUCGUACAGGCUGGACAAAGUGAGCCUGGAAAGCAACUUGCAGCCGAGACGGCAGAAGUGGUGUUUUGCAGCCCAAAGGACAUCGAGGGUGCGAAGGCGCUGUACGCUGAUAUCAAAGAGCGAGUUGAGAAGGCGGGACGAAAGAGAGAUCAGCUGAAGAUCUUGCCUGCGGCGAUGAUUAUCGUCGGGGACAGCAAGCAAGAUGCGCAACAGAGGAGGCUGGACUUGGACAGUCUGGUGCAUUACGACACUGCUAUUGCUGCUUUGUCUAUUUCCCUCGGUACCGAUGUCAGUGGGCUUGAUCCUGACAGCUUUCUACCUGAAGACCUACCCGAAACCAACGCGAGCAAGACCAGCAGAGAAUCAGUUGAGAAAUUGGCUAAACAAGAGGGGCUGACGAUCCGUCAACUCGCGCAACGAUAUGGAGGAUAUGCCGGGCUGACAUUCCUGGGAUCACCGAGUGACAUUGCCGAAGAAAUGGAGACUUGGUUGCGAGAGAAGGCCUCGGAUGGCUUCACAUGCACAUUUCCUUUCUUGCCCCAGGGCCUGGAGGAGGUUACUGACAAGUUGAUUCCGGAACUGCAGCGGAGAGGUCUUUUCAGGGAUGAGUACACAGGCUCAACACUGAGGGAACACUUUGGUCUUGCUAAGCCAGAGAAUCGCUUCUUCAGCAAGACACCUUGA